AUGGACAUCUUGAUCUUAGGAUCAUCAAAAGGAGGUUACAUGUACCACCAUAUCCUGAUAUUAACAGAUCAUUUCACGAGAUUUGCCCAUGCCAUAUUCACAAAGAACCAGACAGCAAGAACAACAGCUGAGACCCUUUACACCAACGUCAUGACCAAAUACGGGUUUCCAAAUAGGAUACAAGGAUACAUUGUGAACACAGAGCUAAUUUUGAGGGAACACUCAACCCAACUUAGAAGUCCAACUGGAAAGCCCACAUCCAUCAUUGAUAAUCUUAGUUUACUACCAAAGUAUAAAGGACAAGCGUCUAUGGAACCAUAUGUCAGUUUUUAUAACGCGCCGCCAGGGGGAGCUGUAGAUGGAUAUCUCCAGGAGGAACGUGGACAAGCCACAUCUGUGAAUCGACAUGUGGGGUUUUCUGUUUUUGUUUUCAACGAUCCAUUGUACAUUCCUCCAUUCAACUUAUCCCAACAUCUCGUCUUCACUCACAAUGUAUCCACCUGUCCUGAUAGUGUGACAACUGUGAAAAUCAAUAAAGAGACACAGGGGGCUGCCAUUUAUAAUUCUAAGGAUCCCCCUGUGAGUACACCAUGUCUGUACUAUGAACCCACGUUUGCAACUAUUGAAAUUUGCAAAGUAAAAGUAAUGGGUUGUCCAUCUAUACAUUAUGGAGAAAAUUGCGAUCUCUGUAAUCCUAAAUGUCGUAAUAUAGUGUGUGAUGCUUUUAAUGGUUCCUGUGUCUAUGGAUGUAGUACCAAUGUUAUUGAAUCACCGUAUUGUUCAGGUACACUCUGUAACAAAACAAAUGGAAUGUGUACAGAGGGAUGUCAGGACAACUGGAAAAAUUCAAAGUGUAAUGUAUGUAAAAAUGGAUUUUAUGGAGCAAAUUGUGAAUUUCCUUGUGGUAAAUGUAGAAUCAGGGACCUUUUGUGA